UCUCUGUCACAACACACACACAAACACAGACACAAACACCGACACGCACUUUUCUCUCUCUCUCAAAAUAAAUACUGCACUCUCUCUUUCUCCCUCUCCACAAAAUAAAAUUCUUUGGCUCAUUGUCCCCCUUGUCGGCACGCCUCCUCUCCCUCUCUCUCCUCACAUUCUGGUUUCUCUCUCUACUUUCUCUCAGUAGAAGAAGGGCUAGGGUUUGUGUGUGAGAGAGAGAUGGGACAACAGUCGCUAAUCUACAGCUUCGUGGCCAGAGGAACGGUGAUUCUCGCUGAAUACACGGAAUUCAGCGGCAAUUUCACCAGCAUUGCUCAUCAGUGCCUCCAGAAACUCCCUGCCACCGACAACAAGUUCACCUACAACUGCGAUGGACACACCUUCAACUACUUCGUCGAUGACGGCUUCACUUAUUGUAUUGUUGCGGUGGAAUCUGCUGGCAGACAGAUUCCAAUGGUGUUUCUAGAGCGAAUUAAGGAGGAUUUUACCAAUAAAUAUGGUGGAGGAAAAGCUGCAACAGCUGUUGCUAAUAGUUUGAACAAGGAGUUUGGGCCUAAGCUGAAGGACCAAAUGCAGUACUGUGUGGAUCAUCCGGAAGAGAUUAGCAAGCUAGCAAAAGUGAAGGCUCAGGUUUCAGAAGUCAAAGGAGUGAUGAUGGAAAAUAUUGAGAAGGUUCUCGAUCGUGGAGAGAAGAUUGAGCUUCUUGUUGAUAAAACAGAUACUCUUCACUCUCAGGCACAAGAUUUCAGGUCACAGGGAACCCAAAUGAGGAGGAAGAUGUGGUUACAAAACAUGAAGAUAAAGCUGAUAGUUCUUGGUAUCCUCAUUGCUUUGAUUCUAAUCAUAAUUUUAUCGGUUUGUGGUGGCUCCAAAUGUAAUAACUAGUGUGUGAUCCUAGCACAUGCUUGCUUAGGAUGGUUGAGAGCACAUUGUUCCUUUCAGUCUAGUAUUUUUUGCUUACUUGUUUGCUAUGAUUUUUUUAUGUUUUUUUUUAAAUCCGGGGACACAUUUUGCCCUAGUGCUGUUCUCUGUUUUGUUGGUCUAUACCUGUAUAGUUUGUAAUCUGGAUUCCAUCAAUAUUGGUAUAAAAAAAGGUGGUAUUGUUAUGCUUC